AUGUCGGAGUCAGCUGAAGCCGUGGCAGCCGACGUGAGCAGCAGGAGAAGUACUGUCAUUGAAAUCUCAAAUGUCACCAACAACUACUGCCUCCUCAACCCCAAGGUGUACCUGGAGAACGGGGAGACUUACAACCCACCUCAGCCCACAGUGCGCCCUCUCAAGACCGAGGUUUGCACUUUCACCAAGUCAGGCGGCAAAGCGACCGGCUGCGUCGGCGUGAUGACCUACGACCUUUUCGAGCGGUCAAAGAACGACUACAUCGAGACGCUGGCCAUCAUGUUCGCCGUUCCGUGGGACUACAACCUGUACAAGAACUGGUUUGCAGUGGGCAUCUACAAGAAGGGUCGUAACUGCGAUAAGGAUUUGUACAAAGAAAUGUACUACGACAAAAAGCAACAUGGGUUUGUCAGGGAGGCAGCCAAUGGGUCAGGGAUCAACCACGUGGGCGACUAUCUAGAUAUCAAGGCCACCAUGUGUCCCCUUGGUAAUUCCAUCAUGAAGGUGGAGGUGUGGGAUAAGCUUUUCACCCCUAACCCUGGUCAACAUGCAUAUUAG